AUGCCUUCAUCAUCGAAACCCACCCAAGUCGACGAAGAGGACCAGCGCAGGCAGCAGAAUAGACUGGCCCAGCGUGAGUUCAGGCAGAGGAAGCAGCGCGAGAAAGACGAACUCAAGGCGAGGAUUGAGUUUCUAGAGAGAGACCCAGAUCAGCAAUCGCAGCUUAUGACUAGAGUUGCAAGGGAAUUAUACGCUGAGAACAAUAGACUUCGAGCACUGGUACACUCUCUUAGCUCGUUUGUUGGCACUGGCGCUGGCUCGAGUUUGCACGGGUUGGGGUUAACACCGGCCCAGAUGGAUAAUUUACUCAGUUACUCACGCGUUGAACCCGAAGUGGAUGUUGGAUUUGAAAUGUUUAUGCAGAAUAGGAGUAGGCGUGGUGGCAGAGGUGAUGAGAAUGAUAUCGGUAAUAAGAGGCCCAGGUACAGUCUGUCGAAUGGCAGUGAUAGUGCUAGUCCCGUUAGUCAUGCUCAGCGGCAGGCGCAGCCAGAGACACACACGAGCGCACAGGCACAGUCACCGGCACAGCCCCACCCAUACGCCCUCAAUCACCUUCUCAACGAUAACCUCAGCACUAGCCAUGCCUCCUCUACGCCCACCCAACCCCGCACAGACUUCCAAAACGACUGUUUCGUAAUGAUGUCAUCCGACGACCCCGAAUUUAACGUCUCCACAAAGUUAAACGGGGAAGAGACAACGCUGUACAACUUUGCAAGUAGUCUGAAACACUACUCGAGUAGCAAGAUGGUACAGGCAGCCCAGCUGAUAGAGUACAAUCUCAACAACUUCCGUGCUGACCAGAGCUACCACCUUCCUCCGUCACUCAAGCCAUCCCUCAUCCAACGCACUGUGCCACACGAUAGCCUGAUUGAUGGUAUACCCUUUGCCAGUCUGCGCGAUAAGCUUAUACUCAACUCUGACAGUAGCAGCAGUAGCAGCAGUAGCCACGAGCACGCACAGGCUCAUGCUAGCCAUGCCAACCACACCACAGACACCUCCAAAACCUCUCAAUCUAACCCUAAAGUAGACGUGCGGCGCGUUAUACGCAUGCUGCUCACUUCCACUACUAUACACGGCGAGGACGUCCUCAACGCCGAUAAUUGGGAACUCGACGACCGAUUUUAUGCCGACUACUUCUUUCUCACUGACAAGCACAUGCUCGAUACGAGUAAUAAGUGGAGAGAGAGGAGUCACAGGCCAUUACUGGCCGGUGGGGAGAUGAACCAUCUGUUUUGA